UAUAGCGUAGGUUGCCGUGGGAACUAGUUUCAAAUGAUGUUUGGAGAAAUCGAGAGUCAUCUACAUCUACUUUGACAUCGAAAUGUUGAAUUUAUUGGCGGGGGCGAUCAUGAUGGGCGGGUCCUCGUCUACUUCCAGGCAGGAAGUCGGAAAGCAAAACCCCACGCGCCGAGCCCUCCUAAGGAUCACACUCCUGCUUGCCUGCGUGGAUAUUUGUAUGCACCUAACACAACUGGUAGCAAAGAAUAGUUCAAGCUCCUCGUUUGUGGAGGAAGCUUCGAAUGCAAGGAGCUACGGGAAUCGCUACCAGUGCGGAAAUUCCUUUGGAGUGACGAGCCUGGUGGGCCGUAAUCCUUUUCUAGAGCCCAUUGGACGAAGUAGGAGUAGCUGCAAUGGGUCUGAAACUUCCUCAACAGUAGAUUCGCGUCAGUACUCUCUUCAAGACCAGCAAUGCGUUGGUGGUGAUGGUGCCCACAGCAGUUCUUCUUCAAACUCUGCUCUUGUGGUGUCUCCAGCAGGACCGCCAAGUACGCUGUUAGCGAACGCGCAACAGUUGCAGCAAAUGCCUGAGGGACUCGCGCAACAGGACCCAGGACAGGGUGGCAACUGGCUCUUGGGGUCGUUCGUGGAGCACAUGCACUGUGAGAUGGCGGAAGAACAGGACGUCGAGUUCUGGCGUGAUGUCCACAGACUGACAACGGCCUUGGACCCUUUGAACAGUGAUAGUUUCGAUGCGCGUGAGUACGAGCAGGUGCGCCACUCCGCUGGCCUACCGGACAUCUCCUCGCCUGCGGCGCAAGCGGCACCUGGAGAGCACUUGUUUCAGCGAUUAAUGCACGUGCGUGGCCUCUUGGAGCAUGUUUUGGUGCCGUACAAAGUCGUGGAUCCCGUGUUUGCGCUAGAGUGUCCUCUCGGCACUGCGUCACUACUGCGCCAAUUUGCGCGUUACUGCCUUCACCUGUUCCAAGAAAACUGCCGCGAGCGCGCUGUCCGGGUGCUGCAGCUCGCGAAGCUGAUGACGCUGUUCAAUUUUCCCGAUUACUUACGGAGGAGGCUAUUUUUAAUAUUCCAUUUCCAGAGAAGAUGACACAGAAUGCCGGUCCAAGUAUUUCUUCUACAUUGAGAUUUUUGAAGAUGAGUACAUAUGGGCAUGCCCUUCACCUUGUUUUUACAGGAAAUGAAUUGUUGAGUAGUGAAGCUCAUGUUCUUCUAAGUCGUGGUACUAUGAUGCAGCAAAGCAAGUGGCGAGCAGACUUGGGAAUGCUCAGUGGUCAGGUGUACGAACUGUAUGGGCCAGACGCACAAUUAGCUUCAGCAGCAGACAUUGCGACGCGAAGGAGAGUCGCGGAAGGCUCAGACCUGCAGGCACCCUCAAAAUUGUCAAUCGGCAUUGUUUCGUAUUGCAAUUACGGCAAUAGCAGUUUUCCCUUGCCUGGGUGGAGUCGGCGCAACAAGGAGAGCUACGCAAAGCGCCACGGCUACGCUCUGUAUCAUUUGGAGAAACCGAUCGUAAAGCAGUACCAUCCGUGGAUGAACAAGUUAUUGGCAGUGCGGCACUUCUUGGGAAGCCACGACUGGAUCAUGUGGGCCGAUUGCGACGCGUAUUUCAUGACGCCGGAGGAGCGCGUGGAGAUGCUCUUGGUGGACAGUGCCACUGGCACCGUGGGUGAGGCCAUGGAUUUUGUGAUAGCCGAAGACGGAAACAUGUUCAAUUCUGGAAUUUUUCUGCUACGAAACAGUAACUGGGGCCGCAAGUUCUUGAACAACAGUAUCGACUUGCUGGCUGCGCCGAUGCCCUACAGCUUUCAGCACAACCAGUGGCACGAACAGAGCCCCUUUAUGUAUUUAGCGCUCGUUCCGUCCAUUCUGGACAUCAACACGUUGAUGGAUGCAGAUGACACAGCGGCGCAAAAACGACAAGAGGAGCAAAAGAAAGCGGCACAAGAAGAGGUUUCAGCCACCGCAUACGAUCACGUCACUGCGGAUUCUUUGCUACAACAGGCAGAAGCACGACGACAUACGGCUUCGAUGAAGGCGGAUGAGCAUCGGAAGUUGGGCUACGAUCCACAGCAUAUCCGAGUGAUCCCACAGAGUCUGAUGAACAGUUAUCCUCCAGAACUCGUCGAACGAACGGCACAUGCUCUCCGGCAUCACGCUUGGCGGCCAGGCGACUUCGUCAUUUCCUUCAACGGGUGUGGGUCUGUGCUGGGAGGAGAUAUUUGUCUCCGGAUUUUCGGCUCAUACUUUGAACAAAGCAUGCAGGGUGUUCAAGAAUGAUGGGUCACGUGCACGCGAAGUUGUACAAUAAAUGAGAAGUGAAGAGUCAAAACGUUGGUAAUGUUAACGGUAUCUAGUCAGUGAUGGCAUUGUAUUCUGCGUUGUGACAAAGAAAGAUCGCCACCUCAUGUCGAUCUUCGCGUACUAGUCAAUUCCACUACAACUGGAAAAAGCCAGCGAUCACCAUCCAUGUGAUUUACAUGGGUACUAGCAAGUAAGUAGACGUGUAGAACGCUCUUAUGUCGUUGACGCAAGUGGAGUUUCGGCACACCAUAUUUGUUCUUCAUAAGAGCUAUCGCUAAAUCGAUAGCAAUUUUCCGUUU